AUGAAGCUGCUGUACCGAAAACGAGAUAAUGAAGAAAUGCUUAUCGGGUUAGUGGCCGAGGAAGAGGACGAUCUGUGGCAUCUGUACAAUUUGCUGAGUUUGUUGGAUGAAGUGGAGAUGGUUACAUCUAGGAAAGUGCACAAGGAUAUUGGAAACAACACAUAUGCUACAGAAAUAAAAAAGAUAAUGCUAACUCUGAGCAUAACGAAAAUCGAUUUCGACUCGGCAAAUAACAGUUUGAGAUUAUCAGGGAAGAAUGUAAAGAACAAUGAAUAUGUUAAAAUUGGACAGUACCACACAUUUGAAAUAGAAUUAAAUGAGAAAAUAAAAAUAAGAAAAAAAAAUUGGGAUAAUGUAUAUAGGGAAAAAUUAGAAGAAUGUACAAAUAUAAAAUUAAAUUCCAAAGUUGCAAUUCUGUUAAUUAAUUGUGGUGAAGCAAAUAUGUAUUUAUUGACGGAAAAUUUAUACAGACAUGUAUUUACAUUAAAUAAAAUAAUAAAAAAAAAAAAAGAGAAAAAUAAUAAUUCUAUGUAUAAAAAAUCGUUAUAUGCAUUUUUUGAUCAGCUAUUAUCAAAUUUAUGCAAAAAUAUAAAUCUAGAAAAUAUGAAAUGCAUUGUUCUGGGAGGACCUGGUUUUUUUAAAAACGAUUUUCUUCAUUACAUUUAUGAGAAAUCUGAACUAAAGAAUGAUAAAGACAUUUUAAAUAUGAAAUCUAAAUUCAUCAUUGCCAAAACAUCAAACAUAAAUAAAAAUUCUUUAAACGAAAUUUUAAAUGAUGAAAAUAUAAAAAAAAAAAUACUACAUAUGAAAGUUAUAUCACAUAUCGACAUUUUAAACAAAUUUUAUAAAAUUUUUGAAAAAAAUGAAGAAAAAAUUUCAUACGGAGAUUUGGAUGUAAGACGUGCUGCAUCCAUGAAUGCUAUUCAUUCUUUAUUAAUAACAGACAAAACAUUUAGAAACUGUGACGUUCAUACCAGAAAAGUGUAUGCAUCUAUGAUAUGCCAAGUUAGGAACACUGGUGGCACUGUGUACAUGUUUUCAGACAACCACACCACAGGAGAACAGCUAAAUGCUCUUACAGGCAUAGCGGCCAUUUUGAAGUUUCCCAUUUUUCCCGAAAUCGACGAGGGGAAGCGGCAGGAAUCGCUGCUUGAGUGUGAGCCCUCAGGUGGGUAA